AUGAGUAGUCCCGAUGCGGGUUACGCCAGCGACGAUCAGACCCAGGCAAGGUGUACGAUGUCAGUCAUGAUGCCUGGAAUGGGACGCUGCCAGUGGGUUGACCCUAUUAGUCCUCUCGGGGACACCAAAGUAAAAAACGAGCCGUGCGCCUCCAGCUCCGGCAGUCAGAAUCGCGGCAAGACCGAACCGCGGAUCCGACGGCCCAUGAACGCGUUUAUGGUCUGGGCGAAGGAUGAGCGCAAGAGACUGGCGCAGCAAAACCCAGACCUGCACAACGCGGAGCUUAGCAAAAUGUUAGGAAAAUCAUGGAAAGCCCUUCCUGUCACAGAAAAGCAGCCCUUUGUGGAGGAGGCCGAGCGGCUGCGGGUUCAGCACAUGCAGGAUCACCCCAACUACAAGUACCGGCCGCGGCGGCGGAAGCAGGUGAAGAGGAUUAAGAGGCUAGACUCCGGCUUUCUAGUCCACGGCGUGUCCGAUCACCAGGGCUCGUCGAUGCCCGGGGAUGGCAGACUGUGUGUGGAGAGUUUGGGCCUUGGCUACCACGAGCAUGGCUUCCAGCUUCCUUCCCAGCCGCUUAGCCACUACCGAGAUGCUCAGGCUCUUGGGGGCCCUUCUUAUGAAACCUACAGCCUCCCUACGCCUGACACCUCUCCUCUGGACGCUGUAGAGUCAGAACUCACGUUCUUCCCUCAACCUUCACAAGAGGACUGCCACAUGAUGCCUGCAUACGCUUACCACUCCCAGGCGGCAGAGUACCAGUCCCAGGACUCCCUCUCCAACCAUCACGGCAACCACAUCCUGCACCGACACCCUGCCUCAGCUUCAGAGCAGCCCCCCCAGCCCGCCACCCAUCCCCCUUCCUACAUGGGAUGCCCUAACCCUCUAGCCAUGUAUUACACCCAGCACUGCAGUCACAGCCACCCCAAACGGCAUCCCGGUGGGGCAGGACACCUCUCCCCCCCUCCUGACUCCCACCCUCACUCAACAGACAGCGUGGAGCAGAUGCACCACUCUGAGCUGCUGGCCGAGGUGGACCGCAGCGAGUUUGAGCAGUAUUUGAGCUCCUCUUCAGCGCGUGCGGACAUGACAGGCUUGCCGUACGGGCCACAUGAGACUGGCAUGCAAGGACCUGAAAGCCUCAUAUCAUCUGUGCUGUCAGACGCCAGCACAGCUGUGUAUUACUGUAGCUACAACAACUCCUAACCUCCUGCCAUUCCUGCUGCAAGGGCACAUGAUCUGACCUCAAAUCUCUGUAGCUAUAUUUGAACAAAAAUGUUUUUAUUUUUUUAAUUUUAUUUUUCACUACUAGCUUAUACACUACUAGGCCCAUGAGAUUUUUUUAAAAAGUGCAGCUUUGUCGACGACUGUAUCUGUCUAAGAAAAAGCCACAGAGUAUUUCAAACACUGUUUUUUAACUCUUUUCCUCCUCUCUUGCAGGGAUAUGAAUUCUUUUUGUGAUAAUAGAUAUCUUAAAGUGACUACUGUAAUGUUUGUAAAUACACUGAAGGUGUUUUUUUUUAAUACUUUUUGCACUUUUGAGUAAUAAAUUUUG